UGUUCUUUCUGCGGCAACAGAACUAAAAUCGUAAUAAGUAGGAGAGGAUCAGGCGGCAAAUAAUUAAUCAACUCUUCUUAAUUCGUGCGUUUUGAGUAAAGCUUCAUUACUAAAGGUGGCUCAUCAUGUUAACCAUGUUCAUCAUUAUGGUAGCAGACUAGCUAGAGAGCUACGUUAGAAAACGUGAGCUGCCAGUUCGACGAGGUUCUUAAGCCAAUGCUAACAAAAUAUGACCACGUAAUUGCUAAUGGACAUCUGAAGAAAGGAUCUGCGUCAAGGGAGAUGUUUUAGAAGGAAAACACUGGUGGAGUUAACGAUAAGUACAAGAGAAAUCACAACAUAAGGAAUCACACAAAGACCCAGACAAAACUUGACAAGGCUGGAAAUGAACGUGUGGUCAAGUUUCUCCCAUUAGAAUGCCACAUUGUUGAUCCUAUGAACAUAAUGAAUUCUAUCUCUGAAAUGCAUGUGGAUAGGCCUGUAGAGGGGCAGGUACGUAGGAAACGUGGCCGCCCUCCCAAGAAAUCUAAAAUGCCUUUACAAACCGUACCAUGCCCUCCUAGUUUACAAGGAAUAAAGGAUACAGAUACAUUAUCUGCAACAACAAAUGUUGCUCCUUUAAACACAAAGUGUGCAAAAGCUGUCAAUGGCAACUCAUGCAACACACCUGAUGUGGAACCUUCUCUAAACCAUGAACGUAUUAACUCUGAAAAUCCUAUCUGUGACUCCUCCAAUCACGAUCUUAAACCUCCAGAUUCUAUCCCAGUGCCACAGAAAAGGAAGAGGGGUCGACCAAGAAAAACUGUUAACACAGCUAUAGGGGGAGCAACGGCAGAUUCUGGUACUCCUGGUGUGGGGGCGCCUGUGAAGGAAUCCACAAAGUCCCCACCUCACUCAGGUGUGCACGAUGCGACAGAAGUCCACCCUGGAGGGAGACCGAGGAGGACGAGAGGGAUACUGCACAAUCUCACCCCAGAAGGAAGGGGACCUCCAGAAGUUGAGGUAUCUAUAUCCAGUGGUAUUUCAGAGAGACCAGUCAUGAGGCAGGUGGCGCUAGCACUGAUAGGAUUACGUUCAAAUGAGGCAGCUGUGACUGCCCAGGAUAAAAAGCAGUGUGGUCCCGCAACUUCUGUCAACACCAACCCUGAAAAGUCACUCAAUUCUGGGAUUGAUACAAGGCCAACGUUGCCCAGGGAUGUUUAUUCCCAACAAGCUGUCAUGUCUCCAGAUGUCAUAUGCUCUCAUGGAAUGAGGAUGUCAGCUAGGAGUGGUGAAGUCUUCUCUAAAGUGAAGAUGGAGGAAAUUGAGUUGGAGCUAGACAAUGAUCAUCCAAUGUCAAAUUCUUUACAAUCCCACACAGACACCACUGUGAAGCCGGAAUUCCCUGUUAGUAAAUUUGAUCAAACGGAAUUUGAAAAGCCAUCCAAAGUUGACAAACGCAGAGGAAAUUUCAAAAUACUGAAGGAGAUGCAAGAACACCAGAAAAUACUUCAGAGCACUCACAUUGGUAAAAAGCCCCGUAAGAAAAAAAGGUCUUGGUGGGAUGACAGAGGGGAUCUCCAAAGUAAGAUCUCAAGGACAGAAUAUGGACUGGAGAAUGAAGCUAUAAACGGACUCAAAAAUUGUUAUCGCAGGACUCGGCGGCGACGGGGCAACCCUUCAAAUCAUGUGGAAUGUGAGGUCUGUGGUCGCACUUUUAAAUUCCAAUCCCUGUAUAUUAUUCACAAACGUACUCAUACAGGGGAAAAGCCUUACAAGUGUUCUGAUUGUGGCAAAGACUUUGCUCAGCUCUCCAACUUUAACACACAUAAGAAGAGCUCCAAGUGCAGCCACCAGUGUCCACAUUGUGAAAUCAAGAUAUCAAGUGCAAAAGAGUUUCAUAUUCACUGCAAGAUUCACGAGGCCCAGAAAUCUAAGCCUAGGAACAGGAAGCAUAUUCAAAGGGAUGUCACUCAAGAAGUCAGAGAUUCUUCAAAUAACAAAGCUUACCCUUGUACAUACUGUGGGAAAGUAUUUCGAUUCACUUCUGCACUUACGGUUCAUUUACGUGUACACACUGGGGAAAAGCCAUUCAUCUGUCAAGUCUGUGGGAAAGGCUUUACGCGGGGCCAUACCCUACACACUCAUAUGGGGAAACACUUGGCUGUGAAUCCUUAUUCCUGUAAUCGAUGUGGAAAACAGUUCUUAAAACUUAACGUUGCAGAAAGGCAUGUAUGCUGCAGAUACAAUGUCAAGCAUGAAGAACCUUCAUUAUCUUACACAUGCCAUGUCUGUAAAAAGACGUUUUCCAAAAACGGUCAGUAUAAUGACCAUUUGCAAACCCAUUCUGGUGCAAAGCUUUUCUGCUGUGCGUUCUGUGAUCAGCUCUUUGGUGAUUUGUCCGAGUGUAAUGCACAUAGCCAAGCAUGCUCUGAGAAAAAGACAGCUUUAAACCUCCUUACAAGUGUCAAGGAUCAGUCAGCAGCAACACAGUCAGAUGCUCCUUCACCUUUCCUCAGUCAGUCAGCACCGUAUCCCACACCACUCUCAACAACAUCUGCCUCAUUACAGAGAAGUGAACCCUUGGGGCCACUGAAACCCAGAGGCCCCCAGAUCUCACAGACCCGCCCCAAAAAGAUUGUGUCCUCUAUCCUACCCUUCCAAACAAGCAUCAUACCCUCCCAUCAUUUCUCCCACUUUGUAUCCAAGUUAAACAGACUAGAUCAGAGAUCGGACCCCAGGAAGUACUUAUGCCCACGCUGUGGGCGUUUGUUCAGACACAUGGGGCGGCUCAGGGCACACAUGCUUACUCACGCCCGUGACCAGACGUACACCUGUGGCCGCUGCGGCAAGACCCUGGAGAACUGGAGAAAGCUCUGGCAACAUCAGAGCGUCCACCGGCAGAAGACUGGACGGUUUUCCUGUCCUGAGUGUGGCCGCGGGUUCCGCUUCGUGGGGCCCUAUAAGAAGCACAUGAAGGAACACCCUGAGUACCGGUGGAUUCAGCAGAGGCCCAAUAGAGCCUUCCCCGGCCUCGCACGGCAGCCCCUGCUUCUACCUUAUCAGUGUGAGGAGUGCGACGCAAGCUUCGAGGCUCUAGAUUUGCUGUUCAGUCACCAGCUUGGCCAUUCCCCCUCACAGUACUCAGACAAUGGCUGUGACACGGAGUAUCGUUCAGACACUGAAGACCACGACGCACAACAAGGCAUAACUUUAACCCUUAGCCCUCACACGGUCAGCUGUGGAACAAACUCGCACCCUGGACCGCAUCAUCCCUACCAUUACCCCUCCCUGCCUGGGAGUUCUGACCAACCCUGUUUCCUGUCAAAUCACGCAGACCCACUUUACGCCCUGUCACCACAGACAACUGCUGCCUCCCUACUCCAAAGUCCCAAUGUCCCACAAGACCUCAGACCUUUUCAAACCGACUUAACUCCCACCAGCUCCACUUCGGGCCCACAGGCACAGACAAUGGCCAGACUACACGAACAAGAAAGUAGUAUAUUUGGGAAGCCAGUUCGAAAGUAUGAAAAAACAACUAAAGUCAACAAUAACAGUUGUUCUUUCAUCAGGACAAGGGAAAGCACAGGUGUUGGUGUUAAGUGUGUGGAGUGUGGCGAGAUGUAUUCUGUCAUAUCAGACCUGUAUGAUCAUUACUUGCAGCAUGCCAGGGGAGAGUUGUGAUGUAGAAGUACCCUCACCCUCAAUGUCCCAGGUCAAUCAUGUGUGCCUCUUUGUGAUCAGGAACGCUUUAUGGUCAAAUGCACAGAAGGUUUGGUUCUAUUUUCAGGUCAGGAGUGUAUAGAGACCCUUACUUAAGAGGUUAAUGCUAGGUUUGAUUUUUGUAUGCUCGAUUUUUAUCAUGGGGUGCAGGUUAUACUACACUAAUGACAAUGAUCAUUAAAGAAAACAAGAUUGAGUUAGUUAUGAAUUGAACAUUCUAUACUGAAAAUAUUGUGAAUUGAAACUGUCUUUUUUACUUCUCAAUGGCUGAAUCUUGGAGAGCUUCAGCCAUUGUGUAAAACAUGUUAUGGUAUUAUUUAUUGUUCAGUAUUAUUUGCUAGUUAUACAAGACACAUUUACAGAGAAGAUUAACUGGAGUUUUCUACUUUCUUUUUCUGUCUAGUUUCUAACAUUGAAAUUAGUUGAAAAUCAGUAGGCCUACUUCGUCUGGCUAUCAGUUUGUUAUCCCACAGAAUGUGAAGGACAACAACGUUUUUACAUAACAGAACUGGCAGUUAGUUUCAUGGCAACACUGUGGGUUGCCUGGAUUGAUAAUCUUCUAACAGAAACCCUUAACAGUCACUUGAAGCGUGACAUAUCCAUCCAGUACUUGAUAAGUAUUUUGUAAACAGUGUUACAUUCUGACGUUGCGACGGUGGCGUACAGGGUGCUAUACAUGCGUCAAAACAUUAGUCAAUUCGGCUAUUUUAUUCGUAAUUUUUUUUCAUGAUAACUGAACAUGUGCAUGAGGUGGAACCGUCUUUGCAGUCAGAUGCUGAAUGAACAUCUGUAGGGAACGUGAUGGACGAUUUAAUCAAUGAUACCUCGGGGUGGUGACCUGAGCUCUGUAUUUUGGUAUAUUUGUGAAUAAAACGUCUAAUGAAAAUAUGAUCUAUAUUGUGUGUGAUGACGUCAGCGUUGUUAAUAUACAACUGGCACUGAGUCUCUUUAAAGGAGUAUGGGGCGGCAUUAAAUGUACAUAUUUUAAUGGUCAUUGUUAAACAAAAAGAUGAAAAUGUUAAAGAGGAGAUGAUAUUCGUUACUUUCAAACACAUUGAUAACAAGGACACACAACCAGGUAGGCCUACUGCAUGGUCUGAUUUGAUAAACACUGUUAAUAAUCUAAAGAAAUUCAGAUAAUCUUUAUCAGUUUGAUAUUAACUUUAUCUUCCUCCCAUUCUACUGCUGUUAUUUCCCACCAUUACAUUGCUGAUCAUUUGACAUGUAAAUAGAGAUUGCUUCGCAGUUGCAUUACAUCCUUUUCCUGUCAUACUGUAGAUUAAUCUCGUUAUUGUUUGAAUGGCAUGGCCAG